GAAAGGAGUUUUAACAUGCAAGGGCUGCAUAAAACAUACCGAAGUGUAUCUAAAAUCUGAAAUAUUGCUGUACUAUCACCAAGGAAGACUGUCUUAUGAACACACGAGACUUAUGGUUUUGGUCAAGAUUCCAGCAAGAUGCAGUGUCUUCUUGCUUAUUUGAUUUGAAGUUCCCUUAUCCUUUAUCAUCCCAAGAUUUGGCCAAUGUGUUAAGGUACCAAUUCCUCUCUAAAGAUGGAGAUAGGAGGUACUCCAGAUACUGGAACCUUGGGAAAAACACAAAGUUCCGGAAGAACUCAAUGGGACAGGCAGCAGUUGUGGAGGUAAUAGACAGAUGACCUUUUGGGCCUGGUCUCUCCUUCGGGCUGAUUUAGUUUAGUUUAGAGAUACAGCGCGGAAACAGGCCCUUCGGCCUACCGAGUCUGGGCCGACCAGCGAUCCCCGCGCACUAACGCUAGCCUGCACAUGAGGGUCAACUUACAAAUAUACCAAGUAAAUUAACCUACAGCCCUAUACGUCUUUGGAAUGUGGGAGGAAACCGGAGAAUCCAGAGAAAAUCCACUCAGGUCACGGGGACAACGUAUAAACUCCAUACAGACAGCACCCUUGGUCAGGAUCGAACCCGUGUAAUGGGGCAGCUACUCUACUGGUGCGCCACCGUGCCUCACUAAGAACUGCCAUGUGUUUGAUUCUCGUGGUGUAAUGAAUAAAAUGGCUGGUGCUCGGCUGGUGAGUGGGUGCCGUCUCUUCGGCCUAAGACACGCAGCUCUUUACUGUUUUAUUUUUUGCCGAUCAGACUGUUGCCAGCUUUGCGGCAUUGCCAGGAGGGGCAUUUCUGCAGCAAGAUGCCAGGCCUCAUCAGCCGAGAGAACAGCCAGAACCUGCUGCUAAGUUCAUCUGAAGUCACCUCCUGCAUGACGGGCUACACCCUGGGGAUGUCGGCGUCGCUGGCUUACACCAACAUGGAGGACCACCCUGUCGAAGGGCUUUUCAUCUAUCCCGUGGAUGAGUACACCACAGUAGUUGGAUUUGAAGCUACAGUGUCCGGUCGCAUUAUAACGCUGCAAAUAAAGGACAAGGCCAAACUGGACGAUUGCUAUUUUGACUGCAGUAAUAUGUCAUCCGGAACCUUCCAGAAUGGUCAUGGUUGCUUGAUGCUGGACGAGGAUCUGGAGAGGACUGUAUUUGCAGUGAGUCUGGGGCCGAUUGCUCCACUCGAAACAGUGGCCAUCCUGAUUAGCACCUCCCUGGAACUACAGACUCUGCCAAAUGGCACCAUCAGGCUGGUACUCCCAUCGGUCUACGUACCCAACUUGGUUACUCUUGGCACCGACUCACAAACCACAGCUGACAACCAGCUCAGAAGGAAAGACCGACAACAGUGCUGCUCCCUCCACCAACACCACAAGGAGAGUGGGACCCAGUUCUGCUUGGCAAAGCACAUGGAUGCCGAGGUCACCAAUGCGAUCGUGUAUGACUUCAGUUUCCACCUUGAAAUCCGGACACCUUGCUUGCUGGCAGGUGUCGAGAGUCCAACGCACUCAAUCCGAGCUGACGCCGAUCCCUCAGCGCUCUGUGCUUCCAGCAUAACCAUCACGUUGGCGGAGAAACACACCUUCGACAAGCCCGUGGAAAUCAUCAUCCACCCCAGCGAGCCGCAUGUGCCUCAUAUCGUGAUGGAGAGUGGAGAUAUGUCAUCGGAUGAAUAUGAGCAACAUCUGAAAGGAAGAAGCGAUUUCAUCAAAGGAACCAAAAAGGACACAAGCUCAGAGAAAAAGACCGAGAUUAUUAGAAAACGCCUCCACAAGGACAUUGGACACCACCCUGUCAUCAUGCUGAACUUCUGCCCAGACUUGAAGACGGCCCACCCCGACCUCAGGAUGGCUCAGGGAGAGUUCAUUUUCCUCAUCGACCGCAGCGGGAGCAUGAGUGGGACGAACAUUAAUCGAGUCAAGGAAGCCAUGCUGGUUAUCCUGAAGAGUCUGGUGCCCUCGUGUCUAUUUAAUAUAAUUGGAUUUGGCUCCACGUUUCGGACCUUGUUCCCGGCCAGCAGGUCUUACAAUGAGGAGACACUGACAGCGGCCUGCGACUACAUAAGGCGACUCAGGGCUGACAUGGGAUCAACAAACAUGCUGUCACCGCUGGGAUGGAUCUUCCAACAGCCAGUUCACCGCGGCCACCCCCGCCUGCUCUUCCUCCUGACCGACGGAACCGUCAGCAACGCGGGGAAAGUGAUCGACCUCGUGCGCUGCCAUGCGCAAACCAGCAGGUGCUACAGUUUUGGCCUCGGACAGAACGCCUCCAGAAGACUGGUCCUCGGACUAGCCUCUGCUUCCAAAGGAGCAGCUGAGUUUCUCGACGAAGGAGAAAGAUUGCAACCUAAGAUGGUGAACUCUCUGAAGAAGGCAAUGGCACCUUUCCUCAGUGACGUUACAGUUGAUUGGUUCUUCCCUGUCACGACCGAGGUGCUUCCUUCUCCAAUCGGAACGACCUACCUGUUCCCUGGAGAUAGAUUAGUGGAAUAUUGCAUUGUAUAUGACACUUCAAGGUAUCACUCAAGCCUCAAGUCAAAUAAAGAGUGGAGGUGCAGCCUGACCUGGUCUCAGCAGUCCAGCAGCUCAGUUUUUUACCACUCACAAGAGGAGGAUCCGGAGAACUGGAGAGGGUGCCGAGAUCCUGCCAUGGAACCUGCCUCCGUGAACGAAGACCCUGAGACGGAAGGUGUUGAUACACAGACUCCUCCCAGAAGACGAGCUUUCAGCAGCAAUUGCAUUGGUAGACAGCAUGUCGCAAAGAGAGUGUUCACCCCCAGCGAUCCAGGGUCUGCCUUCAAUAAAAACCCUCUUCGUAGAGCACGAGCUCAGCAGCUUGUGGGCGGGAGCAGCCCAGAACAUCUCUCUCCAUCUCCAGGGGAGUUCCAGGCAAGUUUCCUUCUUAGGCUUUUACUUUACUUUAGACUUCAGAGAUGCAGAGAUGGAGCCAACUGGUGCGUGAACGCCGCUGGGUCGGGACUUGGUGGGAAAGGCCGGCCAUCCUUGCUGCAUCAGAACUGCAUGUCCACUAGCCAGGACUCGGAGCUGACGCAGGGUCAGCGUGGCGUGCACCAGUCACCCGUGGCGAAGAGCGGGGCGCCUGGCGGGGAGAGCCUCACCUCCAGGUCAUCGACGGAGACCACGUCCAUCAGCAGCUGCACAGAACCUGGAUGUUUUCACCAUCGAUCGUCGACUCUUGAGGACGAAUCAUCCUUUGAGUUCCCGGAGCAGCCUCUGAGUUGCACCACGGGCAGCCAACAGCACAGGCUCGACUGCAAGGCAGUCAUUUCUGGGUUGCUCUGCGGUAAGAUCACUCAGUGGGAAGUCACGUUCGAUCUUCAGUCCCUUCUUUACCACAGAGCAAACUGCAAGACGCAGCAGGAAGAUGUGUGGAAUGAAACGAUCCACCAACUGGCAGCCAGGUCCCUCAUUCGAGACUUUGAGCAAAUGGCGGAGAAGGAACACGAGAUAGAAUAUGGUUCUGGAAGGAGACACCAGUUGAAUGCGAUUCAAACCAGCAGAGCAUGUAAUAUCAUCAGCAAGUACACAGCUUUUGUCCCUGUGUACGUUGACAACAAAGAAUACCUGCCGAACAUCAUAGAGUAUGCAAAUUCAGCUGUGGGAUCAAAGCUGAGCAACUACAGGAGGUCACAUUCAGGAAGCCGGAGGCACCGAGGUUAUUCCGCUGGACUUGGUCACUCACAGUCCGAAUACGGAUCUGAUGGAGCAGAAGAUGCCCUAUCCAUUCCCACCAUAGAGGAUGGCAAGCAAUCACCCUGCACGUCCCCUUCAUCCUCAGGGUGGGAGAGAUGCACAGAAGGUUCACUGAAAAGUCCUUUGAUUUCAUCGCAGCGAUCCAUUGAGAGCCUGUUCACUGCCAGACUGAGUUUUAACAAAACUCGAAUGUUGUCGCUGGCAACCAAAGGAUUCAUGUGCCGGUCACCGAGCAAGAUGAGUGAAUCCGUCUGCGAGCCAGAGACUGAGAACAAUGACUACAUGCCUCUGGUUAACCUGCAGCUGGCAUCUGGCGCCUUCUUGCUGAGCCCGGCCUUUUGUGAAGCCAUUAACAUCCCAAUGGAGCAGCUGAAGUGGACCUCCCCCUUCAUGUGCCACCGAUCCAGUGUCACCCACCUCACAGCCGCCCAAGAGAUUGAAGCCGUCGAGCCCGGCCACCGGCUGGAAGCUGGGAGCGCGGGAAUGCUUGGUUCCUCGGGAACGGACAGGGCCGGAGAGGAAUCCAAACGGUUAAGAUCGCGCCACUUCUCCAGCAGUCUGGUGGAAAUCCAGUCGAGGGAGAGCAGGGGCGGCUGCGAGCUGCUCCCUCCGGCCAUCACCGUGCGCCGGUCGUCCUCUCCGGGAAACCCCCAGGCUUCCAGCGCCCCGCAGGCCGACAGAGGGCCGGAGGCGGGCAGCGGUGACGGAUCAUUGCUGGCGGCCCCGAGCGAGCACCAGCCGGCGGCAGAUGCCGAGGGAACCGUCUGGUCGACGGUGGUGGCCCUGGCCUGGCUAGAGCACCAGUCAGCUGCUUACUUCAUCGAGUGGGAGCUGGUCGCUGCCAAGGCCUGCAUGUGGCUCGAAGGCCAGCAGAUACCAGAGGCACGCGAGCUCGCCUCAGUCAAGGCCUCGGCAAGGCAGCUCUUCGUGCUGCUCAGACAUUGGGAUGAAAACCUCCAGCUGAACAUGUUGUGCUACAACCCAAACAGUGUUUAAAGCCUUUGCCUCAGAGUCACCAGGCAGCUGGGAUGUUGACAUUUCUCCGCAAAGCAACUCUUGAAAAGUUAGGAAUUAAAGUUCCCAACCCCAGUUGGGACUACAGGGGUGACCUGGACUGAGCAUAUCGGGUCUAUUUUCAAACGACAUAGCUGGCUUUACUGACCAUUUCUUUGUGAAAUAGUUAUUGAUCAGUGGUUGAAACCUGUGUCCUGAUCGAAUGCAUCUUCAGCUGAUUCUAAGAGUAACCACUUCCUUGUUUUUACCCUUUGCAUGCCAGAGAUGCCCUUGGGGUUUGUGGGUGCGUGUUGGUUGGAAUAUUGUCCCCCUGUCUUUGGGCAGCCCUUCCUAGCUUGGUACGUCGAUGUAUUCUGGCCAUUGUGAUUUUGGGUUGGCUGGGAUAAAUUUUAAUAUUUUGUUACCUAACGAAAGGGCAGCUUCAAUAAAUGUGUUCCCACUUCUCAAAAUAGGAGGCAAGGAUGAAGAAGUGUUUUUAAAGAUAGUGGGGAAACCGGCACGGUGAAAGUGCCCACUUUCAAGGAGAGUUAGAUGAGGCAGUGCAGACAAUUUAAACCCUGUUGAUUCCCACAGAUGGAGCAGCAUAACUUAAUCUCCAACAACUCAAAACCAAUCCCAUGAGAUACAAGUACCCAACCUAUCUAUUUAAUAUAUUUGCCAUUUCAGAUGGUUGCAUCUAGGGAUGUCAUGGUGGUGCAGCGGUAGAGUUUGCGCCUCACAGCACCAGAAACCCAAAUUCGAUCCUGACCACGGGUGCUGUCUGUACAGAGUUUGUGCCUUCUCCCUGUGACCACGUGGGUUUUCUCCGAGUGAUUCCGUUUCCUCCCGCACUCCAAAGAUGUAUAGGUUUGUAAAUUAAUUGACUUUGGUAAAUUGUAAAUUGUUCCUAGCGUGUGGGAUAGUGCUCGUGUACGAGGUGAUCGCUGGUCGGUGCGGACUCGGUGGGCCGCAGGGCCCGUUUCCACUCUGUAUCUCUGAAGUCUAUGUAGUUUUUGGAUGCUGGUAUCUAAUUCAGGCCUUUGAGGCUAAUAUUAACCUCAGGAGACCAUGUGGGGUAGGAAAUAAUGAAUUAUCACAGGUGGGCCCCCACACACCAUCCCAGGUUCUUGUUAAAUGAAGUACUGGUUACUGAAGUCUGAAGAAGGGUUUUGACCCAAAACGUUGCCUAUUUCCUUCACUCCAUAGAUGCUGCCUCACCCGCUGAGUUUCUCCAGCAUUUUUGUCUACUGGUUACUGAGUUGCUUUUUCUUUAGACUUAAAAUUUUAUGGAUGCAGCGCAGAAACAGGACCUUUGGCCCACUGAGUCUGCUCCGACCAGUUAUCACUCCAUACACUAACACCAUCCUACACACUAGGGACAAUAACAUUUUUUAACCAAAGCCAAUUGGCCUACAAACCUGUAUGUCUUUGGAGUGUGGGAGGAAACUGGACCACCUGAGGAAAACAUACGUGGUCACAGGGAGUACGUACAAACAUCAUACGAACAGCACCUGAUGUCAGGAUUGAACCCGGGACUCUCGCGCUGUGAGGUGCUGGCUCCACCAGCCGCCCCUUUACCAGCUGUCCCUUUCCAUUUGCAAAUUGAAUGCUGGCAAUUUGCCAACGAUAAAACCUCAGUGAGGAACUGCCAGCAAUUCAGGGCCUCUACAUAACAAUGUAAGAGACAGUAGGAACAGGUCACUCAGCCCUCAAACCUGCCCUGCCCUUUAAUGGUCGUUCCUUGCACCCACAUCCAUGGGGUUGCCCAGUGGGUGGGAACUGUGGUUGGUUCUGCAUUAGACUAUCAGCAUUGCCAGCAAGUCCCUGUCCAAUGAUACAGGUUACUAUGGCAACAGGCGCUGCUGAGUAUGUGAUACUAAUGCUCUGAAGCAGAGUUUAUAAAUUCAAGUCCCUGAGUAUAAAAAGCCUGGCAGCAUUAACGGGGAACUGCGCUGCACUUUAGAUCAGAUAUUAAAUUAAGGGCCAUCUGCUCAUUCAGGUAGUUGUAGAAUUUGAAAUAUUGUGAGCAGUUCUGGUCACCCCAUCACAGCAAGGAUGUGAAGGCUUUGGAGAGGAGAUGGUGCAGGAGAGGUUUACACGGCUGCUGUCUAGAUUAGAGGGUGUUAGGUAUAAAGGAAAGUUGGACAAAUUUUGAUUGUUUUCUCUGGAACGCCCGAGGUUGAGGAGAGACAUGGUAGAAGUAUAUGAAGUUGUGAGAGGCCUAGAUAGGGUUGACAGUCAGAACCUUUUCCCCAGUGUGGAAAUAUCGAAGACGAGAGGCCGUGGCCUGCAGGGUGAGAGGGACAACAUUUAUACUAGGUGUGUUUAAAGGCAAGUUUUAUGAAAACACAGAGUCGUGCAUGCCUGGAACCUGGCUCCCAGGGGUGGUGGUGCAGGCAGACACAACUGUGGUGUUACGAGGCUUUGAGAUAUGCAGAUGGGUAAACAGGGAAUGGAGGGAUAUGGAUCACAUGCAGAAAGAAAAGAUUAGUUUACCUAGGCAUGAUGUUUGGCACACACAUUGUGGGCCGAAGGGCCAGUUCCUGCGCUCUAUAGUUCUGUAUGUUCCACGAAUGUAACAGAUUCCACACGACUCCUCUGAAGAAGACCAGGGGACGUCUUCCUGCUGCCGUGACCAAUACUUAACCCUACGUUCCAAUCAAACUUUUGGUCAUGCUUCCUCGAUACAACAGCGUCUCAAUAAACCGCUUCAUUGAUUGCAGCACACUUGGGAAAUCCAGAGUUGUAUAGAAAUACAACUCUGUGUCCUUAUUUUAAUCUCUCCAGAUGCGCUAAGGAUGAAAUCUCACUGGUAAUCGUCUACUUACCACUCUUCUACUUUGAUACAACUUCAAAGAGGCACGUGGAUGGGAAAGGUUUAGAGGGGUCUGGGCCAAACAUGGGCAAAAGGGACUAUCUGAGAUGGGGCACCUUGGUCUGCAUGGAUGAGUUGGGCCGAAGGGCCUGUUUUCAUGCUCUACAACUCUGUGACUCUGUACCUGCUCCUGGAUAUUAGAUUACCGUCUGCGCAAGUGUAACAGGAGGCAUUGUCCCAACCAACUAGCCUCGCACUUGAAACCAGUGUCAUAUUGGGGAUUUGCAAGUGGACGUGCAGUUUGGCAGAGCAAUGUUGUUACUUAGGUAAUUUUUCAGAUGUCAUUUUAGCUUUUGAUUUUUGAAGAGCAGACAGCCAUGAACACCAGGGUGACUCAUCAUCCCAUUGGCUUUUCUGAACACAUUGGGAAAUUUGGAAACACAAUGGCGGGAGACAUUAUUCUAGCUGUUCCACUGUUAAUGCCUGCUCCUGUUAUUUGACUUAGCUUGUCAGUGCUUGAUUACUAAGUGAGGUACAUGGUGUCAGUAUGUGCUGAAGAACACCCCAUCCUUUUAUUCUCGUCAUUUUAGCUACCAAUUGCAUCUGUCAAACUUGUCUGAUAUUGUUCUUGUACCAAACGAUUUACCUGAGUCGUGUACUGCCCAAUAAAUUAGAGAAAGGCAUUGCAAAGUUGGUUACGGAUGAGGAAUUGAAGAGAUUGAGUGGUUCAUCCAUGAUCUGCCACCAUCUUGCGAGUGUGUCGAGUUUUUCACCCUUUCCUCAAGUGAUUCCGAGGGACGUCAGGUACAGGGAGGGUCCUGGUUGUUCUGCUUUCAGCUGCGAAGGUUAAGUAGAGGUCUUUGAGGAAUUUUCUCGAUUGAUUGAACGAGGAGAAUCCAAUUCUGCGGUCUGGAGGCCUGAUAACCAGAGACACGGUGAUUGGCAAGAGGAUCAGAACAAGAGAUGAGGAGAAUAUAUUUUACGCAGCGAAGUGCUGUAAUCUGGCUUCUGCUGCUGAAAAGAGCAGUGCAACAAAGGAUGAUAAAUACUUGAAAAUGGAACCAAAUAAUUGCAGGGCAAAGGGGAAGAAAGAGGGAAUAUAUGGCAAGCUUUCUCAAAGAGUGAGUGACCUUGUUCCGUGCUGUGAGAUGCUAUGAUUUCUGGUACAUCUUUAAUUUUCAUGAAGUGCCUAACUAGUGUCAUUGUAUAAAUGUAAAACGGAAGAUAAAACUGUUGUGAAUGUUUACAAAUCUCUUUGCAGUGCUCUGUGCUGGUGUUUCUGAGCACUGCAUGUUGUUGGUAAUGGGUUGGAAUGUAAUCAGUUCGUUCUGCUCUGUUUCCCAUUGCAUUGACUGUUUGAAAAUAACGCUGACAAGAAUGUUUUCUUUGCUUUAUGUACCAUCAAUUGCAUGAUGUUAAUUAAUGUUGACCUUUCUUUGAAAAGAGUAUAAUACAUUAAAGACUAACGUAUUCACUAUAUCGGAGUUAUUCCUUUUUGUUUUGAAGAAAAUGCAUUGGUAUUGAUAUCAGUAUGGGUUUAUUAUUAUCAUGUGUACCGAGAUACAUUGAAAAGAUUUGUUUGUGUGCUAUCCAGUGAAAUCCUACUGUACAUGAGUACAAUCAACCCACACAAAACUGCGACUGUGUGAAGAGGGGUCCCAACCCGAAAUGUCACCUAUUCACGUUCUUCAGGGAUGCUGCCUGACCCGCAGAUUUACUCCAGCACUUUGUGUCUUUCCUUGCUAACCCAUCAUCUGCAUUUCCUCGUUUCUACCAUACAAAAAGACAACAGAGAAAAAUACCAGAGUGCAGAAUAUAAUGUUACAAUAUCGUUGCGUUACAGUUAAAGAGAAAAAGUCCAAUGAACACAAUGAGGCAGUUUGGAAGAUUGGGACCACAUCCUAACUAAUGGUUGAACCAUACAAUACUCUGAUAUGUCGGAGAGGAGAGAAGAGGGAGUGGGUGAAAAUGGGCCUUGACUAUUGUUGUUUUGGAAUCUGAUGAUUUAGUUUUAAGGUACAACAUGGAAGCAGGCCCUUCGGCCCACCGAGUCCAUGAUUACCCAUUAAUUCAGGUUCUAUGUUAUCCCACUUUCUCAUCCACUCCCUGCACACAAGGUGCAAUUUACAGAGGCCAAUUGUCCUACAAACCCGCACUUCUUUGAGACGUGGGAGGAAACUGGAGCACCCGGGGGACCUGAGGUCAGGAUCAAACCCAGGUCUCCGGCUUUGUGAGGCAACAGAUCUACCGGCUGCACCCUGACUGUGCCCACCAUGUUUGACGUUGCUAGUUAACUCGUUGCAUGGUAUUGCCUGUGGACCGGCACCCUCAGAACCAAACCCCGACCAGCCUUUUGAAGGCCUCACUGCAACUUCCACCAAACCUCAUACGUCACUCUUUUUUUUACAUGCGAUUUGCAAAACCACGAGUGAACCCAAGAAAUGGUGGCAGGUUCACAGCCUCUUUUGUGGGUUCAAGGUUCAAUCCUAACGACCGCCCCUAGAUCAAUGCAUAGUGAUUGACUAAAGUACGUUAGUGUACCAAGAGUCAUCCAAUAAAUUUAACUAGCACCAAUCAAACACUGAGAUACUAGAGCAUGAAUUCCACAAGACACGGUAUUGGUAUCGGUUUAUUAUUGUCAUGUAGACUGAGAUAGUGUGAGAAACUUUGUUUGUGUGCUCUCCAGUCAAAUCAUAGAGUAGUACAGGACUGAAACAGACCCCUUGGCCUAGCUUGUCCAUGCCAACCAUGUGGGAUGUCUCAUUUCCUUAUUAACACCGUUGAAUAUUCUUAAGCCGAAGGGAUUUAAUUAAAACCUGCAUUUGACAUUCAUGAGAUUCCACCUGGGUCUAAGUUGGCAAACUAUGACAGACCCAUGGGCCUGCAUUUGGUCCCUAGCCCUCCAAACCCUUCCUAUCCAUAUAUCUGUCCAAAUUUAUUUUAAAAGUCC